AGUGAUUCUUACUUGUAGGUUGAUAUUUUAACAGUUUUUAAUGACCAGCAUCCGGUUGUAGAUCUUCCUCCCCGGGGGGGUUUCCACAUUUUUGCGAGCAUAUGAUAAGCACUGGGUAUAAGUAGGUGUGGGUCAAAUACCCGGUACAUCCUUUAUCCAAGAUGGAGACUUUCGCAGGGAAAAAAGAUAAAAUCCGACGUGAAAAUUACACGACAAUUCUUCUUUCGGCGACAAUGACAACCGUUACACAUCCUAUACACAUGACUAAAGUUCUGAUUCAGGUUGGAUUUGAACCAGUUGAUCCAGUACCAUUUAGAACAUUUUUUGGGAAAGAUAUGUAUAAACUUCCUAACUUCUUUACUUAUUCAUCACUUAUCUUCAAAAGAGAUGGUAUAUUUGGACUGUUUCGAGGAGUAACUCCAAGAAUAUUCUCAUCUGUUAUUAGUUGUGCUAUCAAUAAUUCAUUAUUAGAGAAAUUCCAUUCCUUCAAUGAAAAGAACAAUGCAAACAAGCCAUCACAACCAGAAAUGUCUUUUGAAGAUUUUGCAAAAGAGACAUGCUAUCAAACUGUCUCUCGGGCAACAUCAACUAUCAUCACUUAUCCAUUUCAAGUUGUGUCAUUGAGAAUGAUAAUCCAGUUUGUAGGAAGAGAAACAAGAUAUCAUGGAACAUUCCAUUCACUUCGUGAAAUUUACAAAGAAGAAGGAUUUUCUGGCCUUUUUGCGGGGCUUGUGCCUCAGUUGAUUGGAGAUUUAUUGACUUUGUGGUUCUUCCGAACUUUAACGUUUGCUGUAAACAAAGCUGUUACCUCAGAGAUUGGUGAUUACAAAGAUCUGAAAGUUUACACACAACAAGCCUCGCAAAUUAUUGUCAGCUCUGUGACCUACCCAUUUACGCUUGUUUCCAACCUCAUGGCAGUUAGCAACUCAAGUUUAUAUGGCUGUAGCGAAAUACCUGCUUUUGAAAAUUGGAACCAAUGUUGGCGAAUAUUGUCUCAAAAUAAUAUUUUGUGGAGAGGAUCAAGUAUAUUCCGAAGAACAUCACCAAGUGCCAUCCCUGGACCAUUGACAUUGAGAAAAAUCAUUUAAUUGCCAGUUCUCCUUGUUUACCGUUAUGACUCAUCGUCAAAGUACGAAGAUCCAAAAAAAACUUAUAGGCCAAAAUCUUCGAAAUGAUAUAGAUUCUCACAAAUAAAUAUAAUUACAGAUUGUGAAAA